GCUGAUGGAGAAAAACAAUGCAACUUCUCUGGGAUAUUUUAUUUUGCUUGGAUUUUCAGACAAGCCACAAUUGGAGGUAAUCCUUUUUGUGGUUGUCUUGAUAUCCUAUCUUCUGACACUCCUGGGCAACACAGCCAUCAUCCUGCUCUCCUAUCUGGACCCCAAACUCCAUACACCUAUGUAUUUCUUUCUCACAAAUCUCUCCUUUCUUGACCUUUGCUUCACUACUAGCAUUGUCCCGCAGUUAUUGUGGAACCUGAAUGGACCAUCCAAGACCAUCACAACCAUUGGCUGUAUCAUACAACUCUAUGUGUCCCUCUCUUUGGGUUCCACUGAAUGUGUACUCCUAACUAUUAUGGCAUUUGACCGCUACGUGGCUGUCUGCAGACCUCUCAAUUACACUGCUAUCAUGCAUCCAUCAUUUUGCAAGUCCUUAGCAGGAAUAGCAUGGCUAAGUGGAGUAGGCAAUACUCUCAUUCAGAGCACCAUCACCCUUCAGCUUCCCCGAUGUGGGCACCACCACCUCCACCACUUCUUGUGUGAGAUGCCUGCCAUGAUCAAAUUGGCAUGUGUUGACAUCCAUGCAAAUGAAGUCCAGCUUUUUGUGGCCACGUUAGUUCUGCUCCUUUUUCCAAUGGCAUUGAUCUUGGUCUCCUAUGGACUCAUUGUUCGAGCAGUGAUAAAAAUUAAGUCAGUUCAAGCAUGGAGGAAGGCCUUAGGGACCU